AUGGCACCAGAAAAUCAACCAACGACGGGUCCUCCGAUUUUUUCAGGCAAGAAUUAUCAUAUUUGGGCCAUUAAAAUGAAAUCUUAUUUGAAGGCUCUCAACUUGUGGGAUGUUAUUGAGAAAGGAGAACCUGCUGUCCAGCCAUUGAGAGACAACUCAAAUCUCAAUGAUAUCAAAACGUAUGAUGAGUUAGUGACUAGAUCUCCAAGAGCUCUCACUUGCAUACAUUCAAGCCUUAUGGAAGUGAUGUUUACAAAGAUUAUGGCUUGUGAGACAGCCAAAGAAGUAUGGUAUAAGCUAAAGGAAGAGUUUGAAGGCAACAACAAAGUGAAGUUUGUCAAGGUCUUAACCUUGAAGAGGGAGUUUAAGCUCUUGAAGAUGAAUGAAUCCGAUAGUGUGAAAGAAUACUCUCCCAAGCUGAUGGAUAUUGUGAAUCAAAUAAGAAUACUUGGUGAAAAUUUUUCAGAUCAGAAAGUUGUGGAGAAGAUCAUGGUCAGCCUUCCGGACAAGUUUGAAUAA